AUGUACAUCACUGGUCUGGGUAUUCACUCUUACAAAGCAUUGGGUAUUGCCAAGCAUAUGUAUCCAUUGGAGGUGAUCAGUAGACUGUGGGCAUUCUUAACAUUGUGGAUUGCAAACAUUGAGAUCGUCACAGAGGGCGAUGAGAACUUAAAAGCCUGCGAGGACAAACCCACGAUACUGUUGUAUAGUCACAGCUCGACGAUCGACCCCAUGGCCAUCCUGACCGUCACUCCGCUGCCUACAAAGUUCAUCUUCAAGAAGGAGCUGCUCUACAUGCUGCCCAUGAUCUUCCCGCUCAGUGCGCUGGUCGGCCACAUCCCAAUCGACCGCUUCAGUCGCGACCAAGCGGUCAGUGCCAUCAACAAGGCGGCCAAACGCAUCAAGGACAACAACACCUGUGUCGUCAUCAGUCCCGAGGGCACUCGGUCACGUGACGGCACACUCCAAGCAUUCAAGAAGGGUCCCUUCCACAUGGCACUCCAAACCAAAGCAAUGAUAGCGCCAGUCUGUGUGUUUGGAAGCUAUGAGCUCUGGCCCGUCUAUCAAUUCCUUCCCAACUCUGGAAAGAUAUUUUUGCGAUACCUACCUCCGUUCCAAGUGGACGAUGAUGCAAAUGUGGACGAGCUGUUGGAGCGAACUAGGAACUGUAUGGUCGAAUCGAUGAAGACACCACCAGCCAAGUUUGAGCCGCUCGAGGGAGCAGGCAAGUGCAAUCAUGCCAUUAUCACACUCUUUGUCUAUGCUUCCAUCAUCUACUGUCUUUACAAUUAUGUAGUUUCAGGCUCUUUCUUUAGAUGGUUCUAG